AUGCAAUUCCGUAUAGCCAGCACUUCGUCGUUUCAACCGAGCACGAGGCGUCGUCGUCGGAAAGUACGCUACUACGACCCGCCAAUACCCAAAGCGCAGUCGGAAAUAGUCAGCGGCAUACCUCCUGUCCAGAUAAUACGCGAGCCUUCGGAAGUCUGGAGCCACCAUGUGAUUCCUUUGGUCCUAGACAAAUUCUCGGUCGAACUUGUUGAUACAACAAUAGACGGUAGCAUGUUCGCUACCAUUCCACGCAUAAUAUUCAACUCACAAGAAGGUUCCCCAGUCUAUGCAGUCUGCGAUGCUAUUGCAUCUGCAUAUCUAGCUAAUACAACAGGGACGAUAGCUGCAACGACCAAGAGAACUCUUGCGUAUGGGACCGCACUACGGACAGUCAAUCUAGCUCUAAGUGAUCCUGUUCAAUGCAAGAAUGACAGCACUUUGCUAGCUGUUUGGAUGUUUGUGGUGUAUGAGGUAAUUAUUCCUCUUCCGUUGGGUGUCACAGGACGGAAAAACUGA